AUGAGGAUGGGGAGUAAGAAGAGAAGGGGCGAGGAGGGGGGAGGUGAGAGGGAAGGCGAGGGAAGUAGGGAGCUUGAAGAAAAGGAGAAGGCGGAGGGAAUGGAGGAGGAGAAGCAAGGGGAGGAGGGGGUUGGAGGAGGACUGAGAACGGGAGCCAGAGCGGAUUCCACGUCAGCGGGAGGCGAACGGGGGUUUUGGUCGCGAGGCAACAGCUCAGCAGCUGCUGCGGCGGCAGCUGUGGCGAAAGGUGCCACAAGUGAAGGCUGGGGGCCUGGUGGGUCCUAUGGUAGAGGGGGUAUGAGGAGGGAAGGGCAUAGUGAUGGUAGAGAGAGGGAAGCAAGGAGAAGGGAAGGUGAUGGGGGUCAGUUGGGGGUUCGAAUUGGUGCAGAGGAGUUGGCUGGGGUAGAGAUGGAGGAGAUGAGGGCGGAUGGAGGGGGUGCUGCUGCUGGUGGAGUAGAGAGGAACAUGCAGAGCUUAGAUAGAGGUGGUGUGAAUUAUGCCCAUGCUCACUCUCAUGCUGCUGCUGCUGCAGCUGGUGGUGCCAGUGGCAAUGACAAUAUAGCGUUACUUGUGCCAGCAGCACCAGCAGCAGAAGAUGCCCCAAGCGCUGCUGGUUCUCCUCCAGCCGCUCAGGUGCCCUCUGUGGAUCUCCAGGUGGUAACAACAGAGCGCCAGGUGCCUCUAGCAGAACCUCAGGUGCCGUUAUCUGCAACAGACUACUCCACUGUAGCACCAACACCCGCCUCAGGACCACUGCCUUUCUCCCACCCACCGACUAGAGCCCAGGCUGGGGCCCAGGCUCGGGCCCAGCCAGGGAUGGAGGCUCGGGCCGAGGCUGGAGCUCAGGUCAGGGCUCAGGCUGGGCCGUCUAGUAGGAGCGAAGCAGCAGCACUCUCACGCCCAGUCUCAAACGCUGCUCCUCCCCGCCCUCCCCUUCCCCGUGCGCCUGGGGACCUGGAUCGGCAGGGCAGUGCAGGCCGGCAGACGGCAGGAGAGACGCAGAUGGGCGCUAUGGGGGGGGGAGGGGAUCAGGCGAUGGGGUUGUGGGUGGGCCGGGGCAGGACAGCAUUUCGACCGAAUCUUGAUAGGGUGGCGGAGGAAGAGGGGCGAGAUGGGGAGAGAGACGAGGGGCGAGACAGCGGGAGGGAAGAGAGGAGAGGAGGGAGAGAGGAAGGGAGAGUAGGGUGGAUUGAUGGGGGCAGAGAUGGAGGGGAGAAAAUGCUUCAGGGAAGGAGUUUGGAGGAGGGAAGAGGUGCGGAAGGUGGGGUUGUUGGAGGGGGGAGGAGAGAGGGGGGCGGUGACGGGGUGAGGGGAGAGAGGGAUUCUGGAGGAGGGGUGCAGUGGUGGAAGAGGAGGGAGGGGAGGGGUGUGAUAGGGAGCGAGAAGGGAGGAGAAGAAAGAGGAAAUGCGGGUGGUGGUGGAGGAGGGGGAGAAGCUAAAGGGGGAGGGGGAGGAGGAGGGGGAGCAGGAGGAGGGGGUGCUGGUGGUGGUAGUGGCAGUGGUGGGGGUGGGGUUGGUGGAGGGGGUGAUGGUGGAGGAGUGAGGGGAGGGGGAGGAGGAAGGGCAAGUGACAUGCGAGGGGGAGGUGGGAGCGCAGGAGGAGCAGGGAGUGGAGGGGGAGGGGGAGGGGGCGGAGGCGGCAAGCGCAAGGAGGGGCAUGGUGGGGCGGAAGGUUCCUGGAAGCACGCGCUGAGGGACAUUGCGAUGCGGCCUGAGAGGCACGGCGACGUGGUGCUGUUUGCUGAUGCCUGUGUGGUGGUGAUCCGAGAUAAGUACCCCAAGGCCCGGCACCAUCUGCUGGUGAUCGCACGAACGGACGGUGUGGAUCGCAUCAUCGACGCCACAGCAGCCGAUCUGCCUCUGCUGCGCCACAUGCUGACAGUGGGGCAGCUGUGGGCGGCCCACUCUGUCUCACCCUCCUCCUCCUCCAACCCCACCCUUGGAUCCGGCAAUGCACCCAACCCCGCUCCUGCCUCUCGCGCCACACCACAACAGGACAGCUUGCCACAGAAACCACCUGAAAAAUCUCCUGAUGCUGCGCCUCCAGAGGUGUCAGGUGCUAUUUCAGGUGAUCGGCCAGCGGGGGAUGCAGGCAGUGAAGGCGGCGAGAAUGUGAGGGAGAAGGCUCUGCCUGGGAAGGGAGGGCUGGUUGUGCCUAUAACGAGGGGCCCAGGACCAGGUGUGACAACAGCGGGGUCAUCGCCACCUCAGCCACUGCGCUUCCGUUUCGGCUUCCACCAGGUACCGUCCAUGCACCAGCUGCACCUGCACGCCAUAAGCCAGGACCUGGACUCGCCCCAUCUGAAGCACAAGAAGCAUUGGAACUCCUUCGCCUCGCCCUUCUUCCGCGAUGCCCUCCAGGUGAUUUCCCAGAUAGAGCAGCACGGCCAUGUGCUGCCCGCGCUACCGACCACCCACAUCGCCUCCUCUGUAGCCGGACAGAACCUCUUUCCCGGCUCAGGUGAAACCUCCCCCAGGGCUCCCCCUGUUGCUCCAGAGGCAGGAGCGGGAAAAGGGAGUGGUGCAGCUGUGGCAGAGGGUGCAGCUGUAGCAGCAGCAGAGGCAUUGGGUGGGCUGGCAAUAGCAGGCGAUGGAGAGGGUAGGAGUGGGGAGAGGCUGGCAGGUGAGGAAUCUCGAAAAGCUGUAGCAGAUGCUGAUGCUGCACCACGAUCAAGGUCAAGAUUGGGUGCUUCUGAUGAGGUUGUAGGAGCCUUGGAGAAAGAGGCUCGGCAUCUGCUUCGGCAUGAGCUUCGGUGCCACCGGUGCCGCAGCGUGCAGCCGAACCUCCCAAGGCUGAAGACGCAUAUCCGCACGUGUUCUGCACCCAUGCCUGGUUCCCAAGUUGGCCUGGAUAGCAGUGGUGCUGCAAUAACGUUUCUAUGUAAUCCACCCCUUAUCUCAACACACAAAAGGAUCAAUGCUGAAGUCUAUGGAUUGCUCUGCAAGCUUUUUGACUCCCUUACCACCAAGUGCCAGAGACUACCUUGUUCAUUUAACGGUCUUCCUCCAUCUCGGCAAUAUUUUGGAGUGACUUCAGUCGGUCAUACGAUCUAUGUUAUUGGCGGACAGACCAUAGACAACACAGGCAUAAUGACUGACUUGACCUUCUCUGCUUCAGCUGACUCCUAUAACCCCCUGACAAACACAUCAAGGUCGCUUCCUUCGCUCAAAACUCCACGCAGCAGAUUCGCGUGCUGUGCUUCUUCUGACGUGGUUUUCGUAAUCGGAGGUGUUACUAGCGGGUAUGAGGUGCUUUCCUCGAUUGAAGUGUUCGAUUUGAGACAGGAUUGCUGGCUCCAAGCAUCAAGUCUUCCAGCACCCAGACAGGGAGCUCACGCACAGAUCAUUGGAAACCGGCUGUUCGUUCUUGGGGGUUGUUCAUCCCCGUUAGAAGACACAGACCCCAACUACACGCUUUUCGUGUGCGAUGCUAUCAAGAAGGGCAAGAAGGCUGUCGCGACGGAACCGGAAGUCCCCGUGCAGGACCCUCCCUACGUCGUCUGGAUGAAGAGUCGCCAGGAGCGGGGCGACCGUCGUGCUCGCAUUCGGAACGAGAAUCUUGAGACGCGUGGUGGCGAGCCAUUUGGCGAUCCAGACAACCACACCUGCGCGGAACCUGAAACUGAGCCUAUCGAGAGCUCGGAAUCCGAGCCGGAGGAGUUCUGGGCGUACGAGAGCAGUGACAGCGAGGCCGACUCGGAUGCUUCAAUCGACACGGUGGACAGUGACGCGGAUCAGGACGUGGACAACACCGAACUUGAGGGAGAGCGUCCUGGGGAGAGCAACGCGAACGGGAAACGCAAGAUGAAGCAGAAGUCCCUGAAGCCCAAGAAGAAGCGGAAGAUAUUGGAGAGGGACUACAAGGAGAUUUGCGAGGAUCUCGCAAUGUCUGGUGGCGGCAACGUAGCUCGACCCGGCUGGUUCACCUUCAUGGACGACAUCCGUGCAGGCACAGCCGCAGUGACCCCGCAUGUGGUCGACGGUGGCGGUGCUGCCGAGAACCACGCAGAUCCCCUGAGGAACCCGGUGCCGCCCACCCCUGCGCCAGUGACCCCGGGUACGGUGGCUGGUCCAUCAGGGCUUACGCCUGCACAGAAGGCGGAACCCUCCACACCGGUACGCAACAAGAGGGCGGCCGAAAGUGCUACACUCAUGGGAGCUAAGCUAAUCGCUGACACACUUAAGGAAUGCAACAAGGAGGGUCUAGCCAAGCUGGAAGCAAUAACCCAGUUGAUUAUGAGUGCGGUUGCAUCCGCCACUGUAGCGAACAACGCUGCUCCUGCAGACAACAACGGCCCCGCCGUCUCCGAUGGCGCGCCAGCACCGGAACAGCCCACGGGCCUUGAAUCGGAGACCACCGAGGGCGCGGCAGCAGCUGCUAAUUCUACGGGGCAGCAGUAG